GCAUAGACAACAGUACUGGUAGUACAGUGCUUCAUUUGUUAAUCAUGAGGUGCUGCACGUCAGAGAGCCUGCUGGCCCAGUGGGUCACGGACAGAAAAGAAGUCAGAACAUAUUUAAAGAUUUCAUCAAAACAUUUUCAUGACAAGCCACAUAUUCAUAUUCUGGGUAACUAAUGUCAUCUGGCUGAAAACAGCUCGAUAAACUAUAAACCGAUAAAGAGCAAAGAGUGUUUAUCUGAAUAAGUGCCAGUGCAUAACUCAGAGGGUGUAGCUCUCUGAUACAAACGCACCCUCCUCUCUGCACUUCUUGUAAACCAGCUGCUUUCACUGAUAAUGGGCCCGAGGAAACAGGACAAACAGGACAGACACUGCUUGGUCAGUUUGGCACAGCAGACGUUUUCAUUGGUCAAUUCACUGACUGCAAGGAGCUGAACUUUGUACAACUCUGACACUGUGCGGCUGUGCAGAGAAAGAAGUUAAACCUUCUCGCAGAGUAACAACGAUCUAAGUGCCCCAUACGAUAAGAGAUAUAUUUACAGCUAAUCCAUGCUUAGUACUGCAACUCUAUGUAACACAGUUUGCACUGCUCUACAUGUAAUGUAUAAGUAGUAUAAGAUAAUAAGGUUACAAUAACCAUCAUAGGGAACAAAACAUAACUAAUAAAAUUUCUGAAUUCAUUUUGCAUGUUUUGAUGUUUUUUGCUGCCAAAAAUACAUCACUGACUGGAGGCAACAAUUUAUCCUGCAGUGUAGACUACACAGUCAUUAAUUUAGAAAAAUUCAUGUAUUGACAAUACAGUCUCCUAACUUUGCAUAAUACAACUGUAUUAAAAUCAGCCUCAUUAUAUUUAAUGCAUUAUUAGAUAAAGGGUGAACUUACUACAAAUGCAAAAUACUACAGUGAUUUUCUGUUUUCUAUAUUUUUCAGGGAGCACUAUGGAUAAUCCAUUUGAAAAUGAACACAUUCAAAAAAUUAAAGAAGCUGCAAACCAAUGGACCUGACGCAGCAGCUGCAAAGAUCCAGGAGUAUUUGGAUGAGCGGGAUAAUAUUCCUGUUAAUAUUGCAGUCACUGGAGAGACAGGCUCUGGUAAAUCCACCUUUGUUAAUGCCUUCAGAGGCAUACUAGAUGAAGAGGAUGAGAGAGCUGCUCCUGCUGGUUGUGUAGAAACCACCUUAGAGGUUUCACCAUACCCCCAUCCCAACUAUCCCAAUGUCACACUAUGGGAUCUUCCUGGUAUUGGCAACUCUGAGUUUCCAGCUGACGAGUACCUGGAGCAUGUUGGAUUUGAAAGAUAGGAAAGAAGACGACCAAGAGGUGACUAUCAAUGAUAAUCAGCUAUGGGUCAAUGGAAUACCAGUGGCAGUAGCUUAUAC